AUGCCUGGCGUCUAUGGCGGCGACGAGAUUAAUGCGAUCGUCCUAGAUCCAGGUGCAUCGAUGUACCGCGGUGGCUGGGCAGGCGAGGACCAGCCUCGCGCUAUUCUUCCGUCGCACUACGGCUGGCGGCCCAUGACGGCCGAAGAGCGUGCCGAGGCAGACAAGGCUGCGAGCAGCGCGGCUCCUGCCGCGGAGCCAUCUCAGGAUGGAGACGUGAGUAUGGCGGAGGCGGGAGAGGAUGGGCCGCCACCUGCUCCCAAAAAGGCACUGCCGCGCGGCGUGUCGUAUGAUCGCGGACAGGGCCGCACGCGCUUUAUUGGUGACGCGGGUGUGUCAUUCUGGCGUAGUGGCCUCGAGAUCGAUACGCCAUUUGAUGCGAAUGGCAUUGUGCAAGACUACGAUACAUUCGAGGAGCUCUCGCGCCAUGCGCUGCAGGUGCUCUCCGCGGACCCUGCCGAGAACCCGCUGCUGCUCACCGAGCCGUCAACGAACCCGAAGGCGGUGCGCGCCAAGAUGGCCGAGGUCGCGUUCGAGGGCCUCGGUGUGCCUGCAUUUUACCUUGCGAACCGCACAGUGCUGAGCGCCUUUGCGUCGGGUCGGCCUACGGCGCUGGUCGUCGACGUCGGGGCGUCGCAAGUGUCGGCGAUUCCUGUCGUCGAUGGAUUUGUGCUGCGCAAGGGCAUCUGCACGCAGCCAAACGGCGGUGAUGCCGUUUCGCGGGCGUUGCUGUGGGGCCUCACGCAUGAGAUGGGCGACAAGAACCGCAGCGGCUGGCUCGCCGACAGUCUUGUGCCGCAGUUCCUCGUGAAGAACAAGCAGCCUUGCGAUCCCGGUGCGCCUGCUAAUGCGACACUCCGUGAGGAGCGCUUAAAGGCGACUGCACCGUCGUUCCGCAUGUACCAGACGAUGGAGCUACUGAAUGACAUGAAGGAGGCCGUAUGCCAGGUGCUCGAGGCACCCUGGGACGAGGCGCAGGCUGCCGCGCGGCCGACCAAGAUGUACGAGUUCCCCGAUGGCUCCAACGAUGCGUACGGUACGCUGCGCUUCAAGGCACCCGAGGCUGUGCUCACGCCCGGGCUCUACGCGGAUGUGCCAAAUGUGCUGCCCAGACGCGACGACCCAUACCAGUCGCUGACCGACCUUAUUCUGCAGGCCACCAAGGCCGUUGACGUCGACUCGCGUCCCGCCAUGUUCGGCAACAUUGUGUGCGUGGGCGGCGGCACGCUUCUGCCCGGCUUUAUGGACCGCUUGAGCUAUGACCUAAGCACCGCUGCGCCGAGCCAGCGUAUUCGUAUCCAUUCGCCCGGUAACUACACUGAGCGACGCCACUCCACGUGGCUGGGUGGCAGCAUCCUGGCGAGCCUCGGUACUUUCCACCAGCUGUGGAUCAGCCGGCAAGAGUACGAGGAGCAUGGCAGUGCGAUUGUGCAUGUACGGUGCAAGUAG